AUGAACAUCAACUACAUUAUCACAGCAGAGUUUCAUGUGGACAAAGGUCCUUCAUUACUCCACCAGUUCCCGUCAGAGGUUCCUGGUAUUAACAAUUUAUUUUUCCUUCCUGAAUUAAUGAUUCCUGAUCAAAUCCAUAAGAGAGAUGAGGAUUUCACUUUAUUCAUGUUAUUCAGGAACACAACUACUGGGGAAUUUCAAUACUUAAAUGAUGUCAAUUGUGAAAACGAGCCGUACUACGUGUACACCAUAGUCAAUAACUUGAAGGAUGAUAGUGUUAGAAGAGGGUCAGUUAUCAAAAGUAUGUCAAUAAUCACUCAAUUAGGAUACUUUAAGAACUUUAAACCUUUAAUGGUGAUUGCUUUGGAUGAAUAUUUCUCCAACACCAACAUAUCCUUAUUAAAAAACCUUUACAAAUGCUUGAACAGUAAGAAUUUCCAGGUGGGCAAGGAAUUGUCCAUAGUGAAGAAAUUGUUGAUAACUUCAAUUUUGGAUCUCCCCAUUAAUGAUAAGAUUUAUUAUGAUGAAUUCUUCCGAAACAAACUCUUAGAGGUGGAGAGUCCUAACGGAGAUUUGUUCAUAAGGAAAGAUUUGAGUUAUAACUCCGUGAUUGAGUUUUCAGGGAUGAAAAUUCCAGUAAAGAUUCCGUUGAUCGAAUUACCUGAUAAUUUGGGUGAUUACUUAAAUCCUACAGAUUUGAACUUCAAAUCCAAUUUGAUCCAUAUUUUGAAUAGUAAAUUAUCAUCACAAUGUCAGAAUUAUGAUUUAACGGUGUAUGGUCUUCAAACUCCCAGUAUUAUCUUAUUAAUCAACGCUAUCUUGACGGGGAAAAAGAUCAUGGUUUUGAGUUACGAACAUCCUUCAGGGUUUAUCAUUGAUUUCAUUUUGACUAUCUUGAAGAUUGUGUCAGGAGGAGGGAUCUUAUCGGGGAUCUUAAAGAAUUAUAAUGUGUUUCCUAUUUUGGAUGUUAGUAAAAUCGAUCUUUUAGAACGAUGCCCUCAUUACUUAGCUGGUACUAUUAAUCCUUUCUUUAAGAAUAAUGAUGCUUUAUGGGAUAUACUUUAUGAUUUGGAUACCAAUGAGAUCACUAUAUCAAGUAAGAUCGAUGAAGGGGUGGAAAUUAGAAAUUCUAUCAUUUCUGAAGAUGCAAAAUUCUUACUGAACUUACAAUUAUCAUUAUUCAACUAUAACGAUGACUUAACCACCAUUCAAUUGAUCUUGAGACGUCAUAUCAAUGAGAUCAUUCGUAUUCUUAUAUCUUCUAAGAACUAUCAAUCCGAUAAUGGGAAGCAAAUCUUACUUUUACCGGGAGUAGGAUACCAUUGGUCGAGUGAUACUACCAAAUUGAUCGAAGUAUCAACAUAUCAAUCGAUCCAGAAGAAAUUUAAUCAAUUGAAAGAGUCAGUUUUGUGUUACAACUUAAUGAUUAAUAACCUUGCUAAUGAAUUGAACCUAAUGAUCGAUAUUCAAUACAAUCUUCAGAAAUUACAUAAUCAAAGUCCGGACGAAAGAUCCAUUUGGUUUAAUAUUUUGAAAUAUUUGAUCUCAGCUAAAUCUUUGGAAGUGUUCUUAUUGAUGACAUAUUUGAUCCCUCCUACCAAUAGUUCCAGUUUACAGUCAAAUUCUAUCCAUGGAGGUAAUUUGACUAUCUUUGAUAAGAACAAAGGUAUUGAAUUGGUGCUUAUAAAUCUCUUUAACAACGAUAAUCAGAUCAAAUCCAACAUUUUGAUGAUCUUACAGGAACUUAAUGAGAACUUCUUGUGCGGAUGGUGUUUGGAUGGGUUCAUUAAGGGGAAUUUAGUGUAUGAGAUGGCAUUUGAUGAUUUAUCGAAGCUGAACCUUUCAUAG